AUGGCCCUCCUGUCGAACCACCACAGCAGCAGCAGUUACAAUCAGUCUACUUCCGAAAUGCUUACGCCGAUUUACCCGACCCCGAACCGCUCGUUCGAUCUUGUUAAUUAUCAAUCUCCCUACACCUCGCCGAACUACGAAACUAUGCGAGGACCCUACAGAGACGCCUAUCAACCUGACGGCGAUGUUACACCGAGAAGGGAUCUCGAGUUAUCGGAUUAUCACAGGGAACCCACGGACUUUCAUCCCAGGACACCGGAAGGAUACGAGAGAGGACCCUACGGUGUGCUCACUCCUUUAACCCCGCAACGGUUUGAGUCUCAGCGAGCCAAUGCUAUGGAGCACAACCUGACGUCACCGAGGUCAACUUUUUACGAAGAGAAUUCAACGGAUUAUCAUCCACCGGCUUAUUGUUACGAAACCCCGCCCCAAGAGCCAAGAUUUCAUCCCGGCGAGUCGACCUCGUUUCAAACGGAAACGGAAAUGAGAUCAUUGGGCUGGGAUCCCGUCACGUCGUCUCAGAAAGUCGAAACCUCGCCUACGUCGAGCCCGAGAAGAGGACGACGACGAUCUCGCGACGUGCCGCCCUCGCCGAACGUUUUGAAGAGACGAAGGCUCGCGGCGAACGCGCGAGAAAGAAGACGGAUGAACGGGCUAAACGACGCAUUCGAUAAACUGAGGGAAGUCGUGCCGAGUCUGGGGGCUGAUCACAAGCUGAGCAAAUUCGAGACUCUGCAAAUGGCUCAGACUUACAUCGCGGCACUUUGCGAUUUGCUGGAGAGACACGACGGGAAACGGUGA